AAAAAUAAACUCAUGUAAUCACUUGGUGACUCACUGAAUGAGUAGAGUUUUUUCUAAAUUAAACAGUUCCGGUAUUGUUCCAAGCUUCCCAUCCUAAUCUAAAAUAAAUAGUUCAGGUGAUUCAGGUCGGAAUACUUUGUUAAUCACAGCAGAUACCAAGUACCAACCAAUAAACAAUGUUAUCUGUCAGGGAAUGGGGAUAUAUACCGGAGUCUACUUAAAUAAGUGGAUAGUUUUGAGUCCUUUCAAUUACUAAAGACUACUACCAAGAAACCUUAAAUUCACAGUUUUGGAGAAAAGAAGAAGUAGAGAAAUGGUUGGGGAAGGAGUUUUAUCUGCUGUGAAAGAUGUAAGGAUCAUCAACUACCAGCAUAGAUUUGUUGGGGUUAAGAGGCAGAGUGAUUUUUAUUGAAAAGCUAUUGGUAUUGGAAAAUCAAACCUAACAACGGCAACAACAACAAAGACGGUCUCGAUGAAACUGGAGAGACAGAGGGGAACACAGAAUGUAGAGGGUGACUUCUUCGUUGAUCACAAAUGUAUAGAUUGUGAUACCUGCCGCUGGAUGGCUCCGCAAGUCUUUACUCGAGUGGAUGAGCAGUCUGCUGUUUAUAAACAACCAAGUACAGAAAAAGAAAGGCUAAAUGCUCUUCAGGCUUUACUUUCUUGUCCAACGAGCUCUAUUCAUACAGAGAAACCUGCUCGUGAUAUUCUAGAAGUUCAGAAGACGUUCCCACUUCGGAUUAAUGAACAGAGAAUUCCGGGUAUAUUUGACUGUGGUUAUCAUUCCGAGGCAUCAUAUGGAGCAACAUCCUAUUUCAUCACCCAUCCGGAUGGUAACAUUCUCGUGGACAGUUCAAGAUACACAGAAAGACUUGCACAUACGAUUGAGAUUCUCGGGGGAGUACGCUAUAUGUUUCUCACCCACAGGGAUGAUGUAGCAGAUCACAACAAGUGGUCAAAGAGGUUUGGAUGUGAUCGAGUUCUUCACUCACAAGAUAUCGAGGAUAAUACAGCUGAUGUAGAAAUAAAGCUAGAUGGUGAUGGUCCCUGGAACCUCGGGAAUGACUUUGAACUUUUCCACACUCCAGGACACACGAGAGGGUCUGUGUGCUUAUUAUACAAGCCGCUUAAGGUCCUAUUCGCUGGGGAUCAUAUUAGCAAAGAUCAAUCUGAACUGUCUAUGGGGGAACAAUACAAUCAGCAAUCAGUUCCUCUUCAACUUGAAAGUGUGCGCAAGCUGUUAGACUUCGAGUUUGAGUGGAUCCUACCUGGUCAUGGGAGGAGAGUUGAAUUUAAAGACACCCAAGAGAAGAACAAGGCUUUGAAAGCUUUCUUGGUCAUGAAAGGACAAGCUCAAACCCAGUCUGUUUAAUGACUAAUGCACAUAAGUACAACUUAAUGAAACAGCAAACAGGGAAGUAUUUCUUGAGGAAGAAAUCUCAUUCGCAAUAUAUGGAUUUUUGGUCGGAUUGGUGAAAAGAUUUGUUAAAAGAUAGUGGAAUCGAAAAACUUGGAAAAAAGUCCAAUUGAAUUCGGUGACUAUUAAGUAAAAUUAGUUGGAAAUAAUCAAGUUAAGGAUCUGUUAAGAACUGAGAAGAUGUUAAUCGAAGCCAAUCAUGGUGUUGGUCGCUGUAAUUGAUGAAACAGAGAUGAGUCCGAGAUUGGAAGGUGAAAUUAGGGUUCCUGAGAUGAAAUUAAGAUCGGGUUCUGUCAAUUGAAGAAAACAAGUGAUUUCUCGUCUUUGUUUGGAAGAGAGAUGAGCAGAUGAAGAUGAAUCUGAGAGAGAACUGCUGCUACUGCUAAGAUGGGUUUGUGAUUAUUUGAGUUUUGAUGUGAAUUGAAACCUGAAUCUGACAAGGAAGAAAUAAGGGUUUGAGUUAGUGAUGCUGUCGAUCUAAGAAAUCAUGUGAAGGUGUUGAUGAUUUGUGGUCUUGCUGUUGCCGGUGUGAAGAUGGAAUUGUUGAAUGAAGCAACUGGUAUUGGUGGUCUGUGAUGCAAGUUUGAACUGAAGCUGUUAUGGGAUCUGUGGUUAGCCUGGAUGGAGGAGAUUAGGUGGUGUUGUUGGUUGUUAUAGAUAGAUAAAAUAAGAGAUCGACGGUGGUCUUUAGUGAAGAGUUGAUGAAUGAGUAUUGGUGCUGCAGGAGAAAGAAUGGGUGAUAGCAAGUCUGCUACUGCUGCUGCAGAUGAAUCAUUUAGAUGUAUGUUAGGCUUAAUACAUGGAAGAACAAUUGUUGCUACUGUUGGUUUUGGAGAAAAAAAAGAACACAUCAGAAAAGGGAAUUCAAAUAUGCUAAGUCACCGGAUUAGUGAAUGGAGCAGGAACUGGUGGUGCAGGUUCAAUACUUGAGCUUGUACAGAAUUGAUGCUACUGUGUGCUGCAACAUUGCAGAUGGAAUGUGGUUUAUGGCUCAAAUGCAUUCAGCUAGCUAUUGUUGGUGGUGUAUUUCAGUUGGCAGUGGCUUGGUUCUGAGGGUGGAAUUGCAGGUGAUGAUUUAAUGUGAGAUGAAGAUGAUGGCUAAAGAUGCAUUUGAGUGCCUGAGAUAGAAGUGACUGGAGAGGAUCUGAAGGCAAUGUCUAAUGAUCAGAUGUGUAUGGGCUGAGAUUGCAGGGAUUGUGACCUGUGUUUGGCAAAUGCAAUGGUGAGUUGCAGUGUUGGUGUUGACUGGUGCGCAAGAAUGAAUACUUGAGUUGUUAGAUGAAUGCAAGGAAAUACUGCAGGGAAGGAUCAAUAGAAUGGCUUGAACUGUAGCAAGGAACAACAAGAACUCGGUUUGAAUCCGAUUCAGACGAGUCAAUUCAGUGAUCCAGGUGAGUUGACAAGAUAACGACACCGUCAGUCGGACCGUUAAAGAUGACGGCGACCCAGAAAGACUGUUAGUUUGACUCAGGUAGCCGACGACAGACCUCAGGUGGCCGACGAUGAUUUUUCUGGCCGAAUUCAAGCCCAAACCACUGUUGGCUGAGGGCACUCAUAUGGGGUGGUUCUUAUCUUGGGCGUCUGAAUCUUGCCCAAAUCAUAACCUAAAUCUGAAAUUGAGAGAGAUAUUCCUCUCGAUUAUUAGCUCUUGAAAGAAGUAAAGAGAGGCGCAGCCAUGGAGAAAAGCAGUUGUUGUUGCUGAUGAUUCGAGAGAUUUGAGAGAGGUUUUGGUGAUGAAAUCGGUACAGGUUAGUUGGAAAUAAUCAAAUUAAGGAUCUGUUAAGAACUGAGAAGAUGUUAAUCGAAGCGAAUCAUGGAGUUGGUCGAUGUAAUUGAUGAAACAGAGAUGAGUCCGAGAUUGGAAGGUGAAAUUAGGGUUCCUGAGAUGAAAUUAAGAUCGGGUUCUGUCAAUUGAAGAAAACAGGUGAUUUCUCGUCUUUGUUUGGAAGAGAGAUGAGCAGAUGAAGAUGAAUCUGAGAGAGAACUGGUGCUACUGCUAAGAUGGGUUUGUGAUUAUUUGAGUUUUGAUGUGAAUUGAAAGCUGAAUCUGACAAGGAAGAAAUAAUGGUUUGAGUUAGUGUUGUUGUCGAUCUAAGAAAUCAUGUGAAGGUGUUGAUGAUUUGUGGUCUUGCUGUUGCCGGUGUGAAGAUGGAAUUGUUGGUGGAGCAACUGGUAUUGGUGGUCUGUGAUGCAAGUUUGAACUGAAGCUGUUAUGGGAUCUGUGGUUAGCCUGGAUGGAGGAGAUUAGGUGGUGUUGUUGGUUGUUAUAGAUAGAUAGAAUAAGAGAUCGACGGUGGUCUUUGGUGAAGAGUUGAUGAAUGUGUAUUGGUGCUGCAGGAGAAAGAAUGGGUGGUAGAAAGUCUGCUACUGCUGUUGCAGAUAAAUCGUUUAGAUGUAUGUUAGGCUUAAUACAUGGAAGAACAGUUGUUUCUACUGUUGGUUUUGGAGAAAAAGAAGAACACAUCAGAAAAGGGAAUUCAAAUGUGCUAAGUCACCGGAUUAGUGAAUGGAGCAGGAACUGGUGGUGCAGGUUCAAUACUUGAGCUUGUACAGAAUUGAUGCUACUGUGUGCUGCAACAUUGCAGAUGGAAUGUGGUUUAUGGCUCAAAUGCAUUCAGCUAGCUAUUGUUGGUGGUGUAUUUCAGUUGGCAGUGGCUUGGUUCUGAGGGUGGAAUUGCAGGUGAUGAUUUAAUGUGAGAUGAAGAUGAUGGCUAAAGAUGCAUUUGAGUGCCUGAGAUAGAAGUGACUGGAGAGGAUCUGAAGGAAAUGUCUAAUGAUCAGAUGGGUAUGGGCUGAGAUUGCAGGGAUUGUGACCUGUGUUUGGCAAAUGCAAUGGUGAGUUGCAGUGUUGGUGUUGACUGGUGCGCAAGAAUGAAUACUUGAGUUGUUAGAUGAAUACAAGGAAAUACUGCAGGGAAGGAUCAAUAGAAUGGCCUGAACUGUAGCAAGGAACAACAAGAACUCGGUUUGAAUCCGAUUCAGACGAGUCAAUUCAGUGAUCCAGGUGAGUUGACAAGAUAAUGACACCGUCAGUCGGACCGUUAAAGAUGACGGCGACCCAGAAAGACUGUUAGUUUGACUCCGGUAGCCGACGACAGACCUCAGGUGGCCGACGAUGAUUUUUCCGGCCGAAUUCCGGUGAUUCCAGGAUUUUUCCGACGACCCAAAAGUAGCAGAAUUUUGUGAAGAGUAAUCUAGACUCAUGGGUUUGAGGAAUUGGGCUUGAAUUUGGAAGGAGAAGGUGGAAGAGUUUUACAAAGACAAGGAUUUGGAAUUUGAGCUACAAAAGGAAAGGGAUUUUAUUCCUAAGAGGAUUGCAAGAAUAUUGAAGCUUAUAGAUAGAGAAGUUAUACACACACUUCUGGACACCUCUCUAGACACACAACACUUGUGUUUUUGCUUGCUUUCAAAAUUCUUCUUUUAAUUAUUUGUGUGAACUUUAAAAAU